AUGUGCAGCAACGAGAGUCCACCCCCGGCGAAGGAGCCGCUGGCCGUCGGUCUGGGCAACCCUAUGGCCGGCUUCCUGCCCGGCCUCGAACACUACCGACUCCAAUUGUACCAUUACGCGAUGGCGGAGAGGUUAAGACUGGCCCAGCAACUGCAUCCCCAGCAUCCGGGGGUCGGUCAUCCGCCGUCCAGUGCUACAACUCACCUGGCGAUGAGUCCCGGAUUCCCGGCGCCGUUGCCUCUCUACCCGGCGGCCGCCGCCGCGGGCUACCCCAGCAGAUUGGCUCUGUCCAUGGCUCUGUUGCAUCCUCAUCAUCAGCGAAUACCGGAAGAACCGAAGCCCCAGCACAGCUACAUCGGUCUGAUCGCCAUGGCGAUCUUGUCCUCCCCGGAAAAGAAGCUGGUCCUCUCUGACAUUUAUCAGCACAUCCUCGAGCACUAUCCAUACUUUCGUACUCGCGGUCCCGGCUGGCGGAACUCCAUCAGGCAUAAUCUCUCUCUGAACGAUUGCUUCGUGAAGUCUGGCAGAAGCGCGAACGGAAAGGGCCACUAUUGGGCGAUCCACCCCGCGAAUCUCGAGGACUUCCGACGGGGAGACUUUCGCAGACGCAAGGCUCAGAGGAAGGUACGCAGGCACAUGGGGUUGGCGGUCGACGAGGAACCGGACAGUCCGAGUCCUCCGCCUCUGCCAGCCACGCCGCCCCCGCCGGCGACCCUCGGACCCGUUGCCUCGCAGCCCAUACCCGGCAUAUGGACGCCCCAUCACCAUCAUCCCCAUCACCAGCAACAGCAGCAACAACAACAAAGCCAACAGCAGUUCCAGAGCCAAUCUCUGCGACAAUCGUCGUUCCAACCGGCGAGAAAGAGGCAGUUCGACGUGGCGUCCCUCCUAGCGCCGGACGACCAGCACCAAAUCGAGUCCGAUCUCAGGCCGGUCAAGUCGAGGAGGUUCAGCUGCAGCGAGGACGAGCUCCACGAUCUACAGGAGCCCGACCAGGACGAGGAGGACGUGGACGUGGACGUGGUCGCCGAAACGAACGCUCUACCCUCGCCGAACACGCCGUCGGCCAGUCCGGACGCCAAAGUCAUCUCGUCCGACGGCCACUGGACCAACCAGGGCAUUCAGAACUCCAGUCCCCAGUUAGCUGGGUUACAUAUCCACAAUCAUUUGCAAGUCAGGAGUUACUACGUGUCCGCCGCCUCGAGUAACGGGUCCAGCGUCUAA